UGUGAUAUUAAUUUUCACAUUUCAACUGCAAUUUUGGGAAGCAAAAAAGUUUACUGCAGUAAAUUCGUCAAUGGUGGUGGGGGCUGAAAAUUCCAGGGAAAUCCCGCCUAAAGGUGAGUGCUCGCGCCAAGUUUGAAAACUCGUCUUCUUCCCCAAAUCGAGUACCGCGCCAAAUCCACCAUAGAUAAAAGCGAAAGUAGCAACCUUCACUUCAUUCCUCCACUCUUUAGCGCUCCGAGGAAACCCUAAAAUAAGAGAGAAAUUUUUUUUAGGGGAAAAUAAAUCGCAAUGUCGGAGAUCCAGAACGCUGCAAGGUUACUGAAUCCAUGGAAAUUUCAUCUCCAGAAGCUCGGACUCGAGCUCAAAUGUCCCGUCUGUUUGAACUUGCUGAACAAGCCCAUGUUGCUUCCCUGUAAUCACAUUUUCUGCAAUUUUUGCGUCCCACCACCGUGCCAGUUGAGCAAUCAGUGUCCUGCAUGCCAGCAGCAGUUUACCGAUCAAGAAAUCAGACCUGCUUCUUACAUGGAGAACAUUGUUUCCAUUUACAAUAGUUUGGAUGGUGCUUUAAACUCUGCAGUCUUGCAGCUUUCAUCUACUGAUUCUGGAACCCCGGUUCCAAUCUCAACUUCCGCGGACCAGUCAAGAAAGAAACUCCGCGAAACAUCAUCCAAGAGGGAGAUUAAUCACAGUGAUGCGUUGUUCAUUAACAAUGUUGCAAGUGGUACUGAAUUAACUAACUACCUUGUAUCAGAAGAGUUAGAUGUGAAUCAUGGUCCAGAAACGUCACCUCGCAGUUCUCCUUCCUUUGGAGAAGCCAAAGCUGCUAAAGAUCAUAACUGUAGUCUGGGUAGAAACGGGGUUAUAGGAGAUAAAUUUCUUACAGUUGAAGGUGAAGCAGAUAACAAAGACACGCCUCAUACGAGGGAUUCUAAGAGACAAAAGAAGCUGAGUUAUGGACCUGAUGCAGUUUUGCAACCCCGAGGCUACAGCCAACAAGUGGUUUCUCAUUCUGGUCAAGUUACACUUUACAAUUGUAAAGAAGAAUGCGAAUCUAAGGAAGAUACUUCUGUCAUUUCUUCAUCAGCACUCUGUGCUGCAUCAUAUGACGAUGGAAGUGUUUGCGCAUUUUGCCAUUCUUCAAGGAUAACCGAAGGAACUGGAAAAAUGCUGCACUAUGCAAAUGGAACUGAGGUAGCAAGAGGCGAACUUGCUUUUUCCAAUGCUAUCCCGGUCCACAGUAAAUGCAUUGAAUGGACCCCUCAAGUUUAUUUUGUUGGAGAAACAAUUAAGAAUUUGGAGUCUGAGCUGGCUAGAGCUUCUAAGCUCAAGUGCAGUAGUUGUGGCUUAAAGGGAGCAGCACUUGGCUGCUUUAUAAAGUCGUGCCGCAAAAGUUAUCAUGUACCUUGUGCUGUGGAGAUUCUGGACUGCAGAUGGGAUCUUGAUGACUUUUUAAUGUUAUGCCCCGCUCACAAGUCUGUUAAAUUUCCAAGUGAAAAGUCCAACCUCAAAAGGCGUCGUAGUGGAGAGAUGUGUUCCUUGACCAGUGCAAUCGCACCUGAGCAGUUGAACUUCUGGUCAACCUCUGCUAACGGGCCUCAAGAAUGGGUUUUGUGUGGAUCUUCUCUGUCUUCAGAAGAUAAGUGUUUGAUGAUCAAGUUUGGCAAACUUUGUGGUGCUACCGUGUUCAAGUUCUGGAAUCCAAAGGCUACUCAUGUAAUUGCAGCCACAGAUUCGAAUGGUGCAUGCAGUAGAACUCUGAAAGUCCUCAUGGCGAUUUUAAAUGGAAGAUGGAUCCUUACUAUUGAUUGGAUAAAAGCAUGUGUUGAAGCAAAUCGGCCUGUCAAUGAAGAGCCUUAUGAAGUUAAUUUGGACAAUCAUGGUUGUCGUGAUGGCCCCAGAACUGGCAGAUUAAGGUCGUCAAAUAAUGCUCCAAAGCUUUUUGGUGGCUUCAGCUUUUACUUGAACGGGGACUUUGUUCCAGCUUACAAGACUGAUCUUUUGGAUCUAAUCAAGGCUGGUGGAGGAAACAUUAUCGACAGCACAGAGCAGACAGUUGCACAAAGAGACAACGGAGAAACGACCUCUCAAAUGAUUGUUGUCUACAAUCACGAUUAUCCUCAAGGAUGUGCAGCAAAAGAAUCUAAUUCUCUUGUCUUCAAUAGAUUAGCCGAAGCUAAGGAUGUAGCCGACGGCAUUGAUGCUCUGGUGGUCCCACACACAUGGAUAUUGGAAUCAAUUGCUGCAUCCCAACUUUCGCCCUAUCCUUCCUGUUAACAAGGUCAUUCUCAUAUGUUCUUUCCUACAUAGUACUUAAAUAUGUUUAAUUUUGUUGUAGUUAAUAGUUUGAACCUUGAAUGAUUUCCUUCAUGAAUGUAUGGUUCUUUUGACAAAGAAAAAAAAA